AUGGGCUCCGCUUCGUGCCUCGCUUUGCUCCAGCGGGCAGCCCCGGCCUCCUCCUACUCCGCACGAGCACCAGCGUCGGGCCAUGCCCGAGCUCCUCCGCCGGCGCGUGCCCCCGUGGCCUCGACCGUCGGCUGCCGCCCGGCCCAUCCGCCUCCUGCCCCGCGCCCGGCUUCCGCGGCCUCCGCGCGGCCAACCCCGAGCUCGGCCCCUCUGCAUCGGCCCGCACCUCCACAAACAUGUGCCCCGGCCGUCGCCUGCGCCCGCCGGCUCCGGAUCCCCGCCGGGUCGCCUCCGGCCGCGGCCGGGUGCCCCGCACCAACCGGCUCCGGGUCCCCGCUCCGAGUCGCCUCCGCCUGCGGCCGGGCGCCCCGCUUCGGCCGUCUCCGGGUCCCCGCCGGGUCGCCUCCUGCCCACCCUCACGCCGGCCUCUCCACCUCCUGCGCCGGCUCCGGUGGCCGCCCCGUUCCUCAACCCGGCCGCCGGCUCCCCAGGCCGUCCCGACCACCCGCCGGCUCCCCCCUCGACCCGGCCCGCCGGCUCUGCCUGCGCAGGCUUCUGCCGCAUCCGCACCCAGGCCGACUCCGCGCGCGCCGGCCGCCUGCUGGCUCCUGCCGCCCGGCCGACUCCACCACCUGCACUGGCCUCCAAGCCGCCCGCGCCGUCUCAUCCGGGCCGUCUGCGUCCAUGCGCCCUCCUCCCGAGUCGCCGCGCGGUGGGUCGCCGAGCCUCCUCUACGUCCGCACGCGUUGGCGCCGCCCCCUGCGCCGGCUGCAACGGCGGUCCGCCCGCCGGCUCGCGGCCCGCUCCAGCUACAACCUCGCCUUCCCCGGCCGGCGUCUGCAUCCCGGCCGCGCCCCGUCGCCGGCCCUCCGCCUGCCGGCUCCAGCGUGCCCGGCCGCCUGCCGGCUCCCGCCACUCGGCCGGCCCCCCGCCUGCCGGCUCCAGCGCAACCGGCCGCCUGCCGGCUUCGCGCGUCCCCGCCGGCUCCCCCACCCGACCGCUGUGGUAGGCUGCCAGUGGAAAAGGGCGAGGCGUGGUUCGGUUGGAGAAAGGGAAAAGAAAGGAGUAGGGGCCGGCUGGGGAGAAAGUCAAAGGGCCGACUGCCCAAAAAAAAGAAGAGAGAAAAGAGAAAGAAGUCGGCUGGGACAAAGGGAAGAAAAGAAACACCCGUCCGGAUGA